UGACAGGUCGGAGAGAGAACUAAAGGUAGAUUUGGGGUUCACAAUCACAACAACUAGAUAGAUAGGAGCAAACAAAAGUUUUCAGAUUUGUCGCUUAGGAUUUUUAAUUUUUGGGACGAAGGACAACAUGGUGGGCUCUAUAGCCACGACCACUCAUCGUCAUCCUUCAAAAGCUGGUGGUGAUGAAGAUGAUGAUCAAGCUACUGAGCCCCCUUCUUCGUUGGUUUCCUGCUCGAUUUGUCUUGACCCCGUCUCUGAUAAUGGCUCCAGAUCCACCGCUAAGCUCCAUUGUGGCCAUCAAUUCCAUCUUGAUUGCAUUGGUUCAGCAUUUAAUAUAAAGGGGGCUAUGCAAUGUCCAAAUUGUCGGAAGAUUGAAAAAGGUCAAUGGUUGUAUGCCAAUGGCUCUAGUCGUUCACUUCCUGAGUUUAGUAUGGAAGAUUGGAUACCUGAUGAGGACUUCUAUGAUUUAAGUUAUUCUGAUAUGCCAUAUAGAGUUCACUGGUGCCCAUUUGCUGAAUUGGCACGAGUUGGUUCAUCUUUUGAGGAGGUGGAACCUCCAUCAACCAUAUAUCAUGACCUACCAGGACACCAUCCCAUAUUCUCUGAACAAGAAGUAGCAUCUAUGGCUCAUUCGUAUGUUGCAUAUGUUGGACCAAUUCCACCUACAACCCUGAGAUCUAGUAAUAAUGUUGAUGAUUCUCUUUUAAAUUAUCACUGGAAUGGUCCAUCGGGACACAAUGAGAUUUUUCCUCCCCAUGCAUUUCCUGCCAUCCAUUACCAUAGUGGGGGUCAUCAUUCCCCCCUUUUCUCGACAUCCAAUAGACAUAUAAAUGGUGUUGAUCCAGCUUCUGUUUCUCCUGCCACACUGAGAUCUUCUCAUGGUGAAUCUGAUGCUGUAACAAUGUCCAGAUCUUUCCUACAUCCAUUUGUCUCUGAUCAUGGUUCUGGUCCUAGAGCUGGGAGCUCAUUUGUCUCCUCAAUUGGUCCUUGUCAUCCUGGCAGCACUACUGUGAACCUUGAAAGGAUCCAGGCUUCUCAUUCCUUCCUUCCUCAGCAGCAGUCGAGCAGUGCAUCAGGCUUGCCCACACAUGUAGUGCCAGGUUUUAGGAGAUUUGAUGGUUCGAGGAGCUUGCCUGCAGUAGUGCCAGCACUCCCACAACAUGAUCAGAAUGGUAAUUUCUAUAUUUUUCCGCCAAGUUCAUCAUCAGGGCAGAACCUGCAAGAAGCAGAAUCUCCGUUUUUGAAUCGUUCCCAUGUACGGGAAAGAGAGAGGUUAUCUCAUUUCCCUGCUGUAACAAGAGACUCAAGUUGGGUUUCAUUUCAUCAGACUAAUGGGACCUCAGAGUCAGGAAACAGGUCAGGAAGCUUUUGGCACUUGUCUUAACGGGAUGGGAUCAAAACCUUCUUGCAAGUUUGUCCUGCCUGUCAGAAAGUUGCUUGCAUUGCAUGCAUCUGAACUCAAUGAUAUUGAACUUAAAAAGGUUAAAUAUGUGAACUGCAAAACUCGCUGUUGUAAAUUUUGGCACAGUCAAUCACCCUUAGCUGUUGUCGAAUUUUGUAAAUCGUGGGAAAGUUGCUGUAUCCCCGUGGCCCCUGAAACUCAACCUUUUGGCAAUAAGCUUUGGUGCAAAUGCAAUUUGUACUGUUACAUUAGACUUGCCAAGUCACAGGCGGAUGUUUCAUUACUCUGUACAGUGAUAUUAAAAUUCUCAACUGUCUCUCAAAGUUUUUAUUGAUCAAUGUGAAUUUAAUGCACCACCA